AUGAAUAUCUCCUUGUGGAGAGAUGCUUUAGAAAGGGCAGGUUUGCUAGGAAAAUACCGCGACGUGUUACACGGUUUUGAACAUGGUUUUGAUCAAGGGAUACCAGACCAUAGAAUCCCUGGUGUGACAUGGUACACACCAAACAACCAUCUGUCAGCAAGCCUGGCAGUAAACAAAGUAUUGUCGUCAAUGGAGAAAGAAUUAGAAGCUGGACAAAUGUUUGGCCCCUUCUCCCACGAAGAAGUAGCACAAAAAUUCAGUUUUUUUCCGGACAAGCCCUUUAGGAGCAGUCGUGAACGGGGACGGAUCCGUCAGACCCAUCAACGAUUUAUCAUACCCACACAGCGAUCUGGGGGUACCGUCCGUUAA